AUGGACGCGGACAUGGACAAGGCGCCGCCGCCCGUGAGUGACGGCCUCCAAGCCGCCGCGCAAACCGCCGCCAGCAGGAUGGCGAAUCAUCAGCCGGGAGGUGCCCCCGGUACUCCCACACCGUCCACGAACCCGACCACCGGCAGUCAGACGUCGAGACAGUCUUCGACGACCAACUCGGGCAAUCAGUCACCCGUGACCGCCUCCCGAGACGCCUCCCCAACGCGGAACCCUCGUCGAACGUCGUCGGCCCAGAGGCUCGCCAGUGCCAGCCGGUCACGCAAGAACAGCAUUCAAGACUCGAGUCCGUCCCGCCUGCCCAAGUCGACGAUUCCGGAGCCAGCGUCGGCUCCGCGAACGCUCUCGUCGACGACGACCCCCUGCCUGCGCCCGGCGAGCAAGGACCUGCACAUAUUCGCACCCACUCCCCAGAAGCCGCUCGCCGUCCAGGAGCUCAAGGAGAGCUCGCGCUGGCCAGUCUCCCCCCGUUUACGAUCGCCGCCGCCUCACUUGGCCAAGCCUGGCACCCCGGCGCGACGAAACGAGUCGGAUCCUCCUGCGAUAAGCAUUCAACGACCGACGCCGUCGCCUCAGCCGACCGAGUUCUCGCACGCAACCCUGGACAGCGACACGGAUGGUUCCCAUUCACCCUCGGGCAUCCGAACGCCGACCCGCGGACCACUGGAAACGGUGCAGGAAGUCAGCCAGCACAACUCUCCCGCCCACGCGACCGACUCCGCCUUGGUGGAGAAUGCAAAGGAAAAAUUGGCUGCGUCGGAAAUCCAUUCAGACGUCGACCCGAACGACACCACCGGUCGCCCCCCGAAUCCCAAGAUCAUCAUGCUGAGCCAGCAGACGGCUACCGCCACCGCCGAUGCCGCUGUGGCCAGGACGGAGCCGCGCAGGCCGGCCUCGGUGCCGCCCCCGCUCGUCUCGCGACAGUCGAGCGCCAUGUCCAUGAAGCAGUCCAAGCCCAAGCCGGAGGGUUCUACCCAGACCAUGACGGUGGAGACCGAGAUCGUCCCCAGCGUUCCCCAGGUGGCCCUGGCCGUCGGCGCCAAGCUGGACGGCGGCGGCGGAACCCUCAAGCCGAAGGCGAGUACGGAAACCAUCAAGCCGAAGAAGGAGAAGAAGAAGACGGCGCGCAAGCAGCCAUCGAUCAACUCGGCAACAGGUAGGCCCGAGCCCCUCUCUCCCGCUCCCGCUCCCGCUCCCGCCUGCUCGCUUACACGUCGCGCAGGAUCGUCCAAGGCAGACAUCUUCGAAGCCAAGGUUGCCAGCGCCGUGGACGAGGCGAACACGUCCGACUCGGAGGAAACCUUCGUUUACGAUUCCAAUCCUCCGGACAACACGGAAAGGUCCAACCGCCGCUUCCAUUCUAGGACCCCUAGCACAACCUCUAUGGCCAGCCAAGCCGAUCGGCCGAACUUGCGGUCCAUCUAUGGAGUUAUUCAGGACGGCAGCCACCACGGUCACGCCCACGCCCACGGUCACGCCCACGGUCACGGUCACGGCCCCGUAGCCAAGAAAAGCAUGAAGUUUGUCAACACCUUCAACGGGAACGCGAGCGACUGCCUGACCCCCGGAGAAGAGGACGGCAAGGGAACCGGUCGAAGCGCCGGCGGUUCCGCCCGAGGCACCGUCCGUCACCACCACCACAUCGGCCGAUGGGGCCGCCAGCCCGGCAACGGGCAUGCGUCCCUGUUCGACAACGAGUCCCCUUUCCCCAACGCUUCCAAGUCAAAGCUGGCAGGCGGUAGUAAUUCACGUGUCUCCUCGGGCCCGGCGAGCCCCCGGGACUACCAUUCAGCCCGCGGACACCUGAGCACGAAGCGAUCGUUCAUGCAGCUGUCGCCAAGCUACGACUUGGACGAAGCGGGGGGCGCCGACGAUGAGCGGACCCCUCUGCUCGACUCGGCCCGCUCCUAUCGGGGAGGUCGAAGGCGUGGGCCGCAUAAUUUACGCCAGGCAGAGUCGCAAACGUAUACGAGACGGUCUUCGUACCUCAAUCGUUUCGCCGCCUGCCUGGUCCUGACCAUGAUGGUUUUGCUGGUCAUCACCGGCGCCAUCGGAUUCAUGUUUGCCACCUCGCAGCCCAUGACCGGCAUCGAGAUCAUUUCCAUCAACAACGUCGUCACGAGCCAGCAGGUUCUGAUGUACGACCUGACGGUUCGGGCCCACAACCCAAACAUCGUCGUCGUCACCAUCGACCACGCCAACCUGGAGAUCUUUGCCAAGUCGGAGCACGCAGGCACAGAUUCGGGCGGGUGGGGAAAUCACGGUCCUUCCUUUCGCGCCCAGGACGAUCCCGCCAACGACCCGCCAAAUGAUCCGGGCGAUGGCGGCGGCGGUACGGACGACCUGAGGCCCAACAUGCUGCUGGGGAGGAUCACCGAGUUCGACAGUCCCCUAACCUUCGAGGGCUCGCUCUUCCACCAGGGAACCUCGUCGUCGAAGGCGGAGAUGCAACUUCGGUACCCUGGAAACGAUACCGCCGGCGGCGCCAAGCGGUGGGAGCGCAUCUACCAGAACGAGUUUGAUCUCAUCAUAAAAGGCGUCGUCAAGUACACGCUCCCUCUCAGCGCUCGUGUGCGCAGCGCAACCGUCUCGGGGCGAGCCACCGUCAAGCCGAACUCGGCCAACAACCCGUCCCUGAGACCGAACAACACUCAUUUUGGCACUUCGUAA